CAUUUGGUUUAGAUAUUACACCAAUUUCGUAACCUAUUCACUGCUCUUCGAAUAUAGCUCCUACAGUUAUGAUCGAUUUAAAUAAAUGCAAUUUGAAGGUGUCAAUAUUGAUACUGUGUUUAUUUUUUGUAUCGAUAAACGCACAACAAAGGUUUUAUGACCGGAGAUACGAUUAUUACGAUAUCGAUACUUUGAUACAGAAUCCUAGAUUACUGAAGAAGUAUUUGGACUGUUUUCUCGAGAAAGGACCGUGUACGCCUAUAGGAAGAGUGUUCAGACAAAUCCUACCCGACGCAGUAGCAACAGCCUGUGAGAAGUGCUCGCCGUCCCAGCGCCGACUCGCCAGAAAGACUUUCAACGCCAUCAGGAGGAACUUCCCCCAAGGUUACGUGGAACUCAUGAGCAAACUCGACCCCAAAAACAAGUACUAUGAAGCCUUCGAGAAGGCUAUUGCGAAUGCUUGAAGUAAUUAAGUCUUUAUUCGGCGUUUUGUUAUAAUUCAACUGUGAAAAUGAAGGUCCUGGUUGUUUUGUCGUGUUUGAUCGUGGCUGCGUUCGCCGCUGAUAAGUACAACGCUAAAUAUGAUAACUUUGAUGUGGACACCUUGAUCACCAAUGACAGACUUCUCAAAGCGUAUAUCAAUUGCUUCCUCGACAAAGGACGGUGCACUCCCGAAGGUUCUGAUUUCAAAAAGACCCUACCAGAGGCCAUAGAGACGACCUGCGGCAAGUGCACCGACAAGCAGAAGAACAACAUCAGAAAGGUGAUUAAAGCUAUCCAGCAGAAACAUCCCAAGGAGUGGGACGCACUCGUCAAGAAGAAUGACCCCAGCGGCAAACAUCGCGCCAACUUCGACAAAUUCAUCCAAGGAAGCAGAUAAUAAAAUCAACCAUCUUUCAACAUAGGCUAACGUAGAAUAAAGUAUUAUAGGUCCUAGAGAAAAUUAAGUAUUUGUAAGAACUGCAGUAGACUUUAAACCAGCUCUCUAAGAUGCUUCAGAGCAAUCUCAACUCUCACAGGAGAAUUCCCGUAGAAUUUUAAUUUUACCAUUCCAAACGGAUCAGCGUUCUUGUGAUUUUAUUUAUCUGUAGGCUUUUAGAUUUAAUCGGAUGACAAAUUGUUGUGUUAUUUAUUUAAAUAUCACGAUGUUGACUGAUAUUGUAUUAAAUAAUUGAUUGUAA